UAUAUUAGACAAAUUCAAUAAAUUCAAAUAUAUAUUAAACAAACUUCGUUUAAUCAACUUUAGUCCAUAUCGCAAUGAUAAUUACACAAAAAUCUUUCUAUAUAUGGACCAAUAAUAAUGUUUAAUGCAAUUAUAAUAAGCGACCAAUCAUUUUGCAAAAUAAUGUAUAUUAUAAAUCGAAUUGUGAAUUAGCAUAAAGUUAUAUAUUGGAUAGAGAAAAUCAUUGUAUUUAACAUGGUUGGAACUAACAUAAGAGAUAGACUUGACACUUACAGACGCCAGAAAUAUAGAGAACAAAUGACAAAAUCCAUUAAGAAUAUCAUUCAAACUGUCUUACCGUGGAAUAGAAAUAAAUCAGCUGAAGAUAUAUUAGCAACAACACCGUUAAGUGAUAUUAAAGAUAAUCAAGAUAUGGAAAGCACCUAUUCAGAUGAUACUGAACACCAAUCACAAUGUACAAUACUAAGAAUAGUAACAUAUCUAUUAUAUUUUCUUCUAUGGGCUACCUUAUAUAUAAUUGCAAUUGAAUAUGAAUUUGGAGCAAUAUAUUUUAUUAUAUCUACAUUAAUAUUUAUUUGUUUAAAUACUCGGUCUAGACCAAAAAAACCAGGUGAACUUAGUGCUUAUUCUGUAUUUAAUCCAAACUGUAAAGCUAUUGAGGGAACACUUGAUGCUUCACAAUUUGAAAGAGAAAUAAGAUAUGGUAUAGGAAACAUACAUUAAUUUAAAAUGAUCUAAUUUAUCACAGGCAAAAAAUAAUACAUGUUUUAUACUUACAUAUGUAUAAAUGACUAUAUAAUUUGUAAUAAUAUAAAAAUGAAAAAAAUAGGAAUUUGUAAGCAAAAAAAUUAAACUAGAUAUAAGAUAAACAUGUUAAAAACAUGUUUAAAAACAUCAGUGAUAAUUAUUGAAUAUUACCACA